AUGCUUCUCGAACUCUCGUCUUCUUCAAUUGGGUCAUAUUCGAUUUGGUUAGCCAAUAAAGAAGAAGAUGUGUUUAGUGUUUUGGUUUCUGCUACUUAUGAAUAUAAUUGGGAUCCUGUUGUUUUCGAUGUGCUGCUUGUGAAUCAGGAUGAGGUUAACUUUGCGCUUGAUGGGUUGAGAGAAAGGAAAACAGGAGAUUUGCACAUCUCAACACCAGCGUCGCCCUUUGAGAGUUUAGGGCAGCUGCAAAACAGUUCAAGUGACAGGAAGAAGCAUGGUUUUGGAUUCGAGGGUAUUGCUGCUCUUAACCUCUAUGUCAGGGACAACGAGUAUGUCUGUGCAGCUCCUGGUGGAGCUAGAGGUGUCAAAAGCAUCACACAUUAUGCCCCAGUUAACAGUGUGAGGCUAUCAUACAACAUAGGAGAUAAACGAUACUUUGCUCUGAAAGUUUUGGCCAUUCUGUAUUCAAAGAUUUCUUCAAGCGGGUAUUCGAAGAUCGCGAUCAAUCCCUAUACCUUUGCUUCAAGUAAAUGUUUACUUUGCCUCUGCUUUAACAUUAUAAGGAAAACUUUAGCAAUGUGA